GAAUGAUUGGAUGUUAAUCAAAGAGCUCAAUAUAAUCUUAUAAGGAAAGAUAAGAUGAAGGUAAUAUAAAUUUAUUAUCCUAUUGAGUACCUAGUAUGAAAAUUUUGGUAUUAAAUAGGGAGGAAAUAAAAAUUUAGAUUGCAUUUUAGAAGAAAAGAAAUACAAAUAGUUCAAUAUAAAAAUUACUGAGAAAGGAUGUAAAUAAAUAAACAAAGAAUGUUGAGAGAAAGCUAAAAAGUGUUUAAAAAAUACUAAAGCAAAUUAAAUGAGAAUGGUUCCAGGUUGUUUAGGUAAUAAGAGAAAUUUGAAGGAGAAAAUGAUUUUAAGUAGGUUGAAUGAUUGAGAUUAAUAGGCGAAUAGAAUGAGAAUUAAAUAUAAAACAAAAAGAAGUAUUUAGAAUAGAUUAGGAGAGUAUUCUAUGGCAUGAAUGAUUUAUAAUAAAAACG